CCUUUGUUUUCUGCUAUGUGAGUUCCUGACCAUCUUCAACACCUCUCCAUCACUUUUUCUCCCACACUUUCCAGGCCUUGGAGUACCUUUUCAAGUUCAUUGUACAGUCACGGAUCCUGUACUCACGAGCCACUUGUGGAAUGGAAGAGGAACAAUUCAGAUCCAGUAUCCAAGAACUUUUCCAGUCCAUCCGAUUUGUGCUCAGUCUGGACAGCAGAAACUCAGAAACACUCCUUUUUACUCAGGCUGCACUCCUCAAUUCUUUCCCAACCAUCUUUGACGAGCUGCUGCAAAUGUUCACCGUGCAAGAGGUGGCAGAGUUUGUGAGAGGGACACUGGGGAGCAUGCCCAGCACUGUGCACAUAGGGCAGUCAAUGGACGUGGUCAAGCUGCAGUCCAUUGCCAGGACAGUGGAUAGCCGCCUGUUUUCUUUCUCAGAAUCCCGCCGCAUCCUGCUUCCUGUGGUUCUCCAUCACAUUCACCUUCACCUGAGGCAGCAGAAAGAGCUGCUUAUUUGCUCAGGAAUUCUUGGCAGCAUCUUCUCCAUCGUCAAGACCAGCUCUCUGGAGGCAGAUGUCAUGGAGGAAGUAGAGAUGAUGGUGGAGAGCCUCCUGGACGUGCUCUUGCAGACUCUGCUCACCAUCAUGAGCAAAUCGCACGCUCAGGAGGCGGUAAGAGGGCAGCGGUGCCCGCAGUGCACAGCCGAGAUCACUGGCGAAUAUGUGUCCUGCCUUCUCUCACUGCUCCGCCAGAUGUGUGACACCCAUUUCCAGCACCUCCUGGACAACUUCCAGAGCAAAGAUGAACUCAAGGAAUUUCUGCUGAAGAUUUUUUGUGUGUUCCGGAACCUGAUGAAGAUGAGUGUGUUCCCUCGGGACUGGAUGGUAAUGAGACUGCUCACAAGCAAUAUUAUAGUCACUACUGUCCAGUACCUGUCCUCUGCACUGCACAAGAAUUUCACAGAGACUGACUUUGACUUUAAGGUGUGGAAUUCUUAUUUUAGCCUGGCAGUUCUAUUCAUAAAUCAGCCAAGCCUUCAGCUAGAAAUUAUCACCUCAGUCAAAAGGAAGAAGAUUCUAGAUAAGUAUGGGGACAUGCGUGUAAUGAUGGCUUAUGAACUGUUCAGCAUGUGGCAGAAUUUGGGUGAACAUAAGAUCCACUUUAUUCCGGGAAUGAUUGGUCCUUUUCUGGGUGUGACGCUGGUCCCACAGCCAGAAGUACGGAAUAUCAUGAUUCCCAUCUUUCAUGACAUGAUGGACUGGGAGCAGAGAAAAAAUGGCAACUUCAAACAGGUGGAGGCCGAGUUGAUUGACAAGCUGGACAGCAUGGUAUCAGAAGGGAAAGGUGACGAGAGCUACAGGGAGCUCUUCAGCCUACUAACCCAGCUGUUUGGGCCCUACCCCAGCCUGUUGGAGAAGGUUGAACAAGAAACAUGGCGUGAGACCGGCAUUUCCUUUGUGACCUCAGUCACCCGCCUCAUGGAACGUCUUCUUGACUACAGGGACUGCAUGAAAGGAGAGGAAACAGAGAAUAAGAAGAUUGGCUGUACUGUUAACCUGAUGAAUUUUUACAAAUCUGAGAUUAACAAGGAAGAAAUGUAUAUCCGCUACAUCCAUAAGCUUUGUGACAUGCACUUGCAGGCCGAAAACUACACAGAGGCCGCAUUUACCCUGCUCCUUUACUGUGAGCUGCUGCAGUGGGAGGACCGGCCACUGCGGGAAUUCCUCCACUACCCAUCGCAGACGGAGUGGCAGCGGAAGGAGGGACUGUGCCGGAAGAUCAUUCACUACUUCAACAAAGGCAAGAGCUGGGAGUUUGGGAUCCCACUGUGCAGGGAGCUGGCGUGUCAGUACGAGAGCCUCUAUGAUUACCAGAGCCUCAGCUGGAUUCGGAAAAUGGAGGCCAGCUACUAUGACAACAUUAUGGAGCAGCAACGCCUGGAGCCUGAGUUCUUUCGGGUCGGCUUCUAUGGCAGGAAGUUUCCUUUCUUUCUUCGGAACAAAGAAUACGUAUGCCGUGGCCAUGACUACGAGAGGCUGGAGGCCUUCCAGCAGAGGAUGCUCAGUGAGUUCCCGCAGGCUGUCGCCAUGCAGCACCCCAACCAUCCUGAUGACGCCAUCCUACAGUGCGAUGCCCAGUACUUGCAGAUCUAUGCAGUGACGCCCAUUCCAGAUUAUGUGGAUGUUCUGCAGAUGGAUAGGGUACCAGAUCGCGUCAAGAGCUUCUAUCGCGUCAACAAUGUGAGGAAGUUCCGGUACGACAGGCCUUUUCACAAAGGCCCCAAGGACAAGGAGAAUGAAUUCAAGAGCCUGUGGAUUGAACGUACCACACUGACCCUGACCCACAGCUUGCCUGGCAUCUCUCGGUGGUUUGAAGUGGAGAGAAGGGAACUGGUGGAGGUGAGCCCUCUGGAGAAUGCCAUCCAAGUGGUUGAGAAUAAGAACCAGGAGCUACGCUCCCUGAUCAGCCAGUAUCAACACAAGCAGGUGCAUGGCAACAUCAACCUGCUAAGCAUGUGCCUGAAUGGUGUCAUUGAUGCAGCUGUCAAUGGAGGCAUUGCACGCUAUCAGGAGGCCUUCUUUGAUAAAGAUUACAUCAACAAGCACCCAGGAGAUGCUGAGAAGAUCACCCAGCUCAAGGAGCUUAUGCAGGAGCAGGUUCAUGUCCUUGGAGUUGGGCUAGCAGUUCAUGAGAAGUUUGUGCACCCAGAAAUGCGACCUCUGCAUAAGAAGCUAAUUGAUCAGUUCCAGAUGAUGCGGGCCAGUCUCUACCAUGAGUUUCCAGGUUUGGAUAAGCUAAGUCCUGCAUGUUCAGGCACCAGCACCCCACGGGGAAAUGUUCUGGCAUCCCAUAGCCCCAUGAGUCCGGAGAGCAUCAAGAUGACCCAUCGGCACAGCCCCAUGAACUUGAUGGGCACAGGCCGCCAUUCAUCAUCCUCUCUCUCCUCACAUGCGUCUAGUGAAGCAGGAAACAUGGUGAUGCUGGGCGACGGCUCCAUGGGCGAUGCUCCCGAGGACCUGUACCACCACAUGCAGCUUGCGUAUCCCAACCCCAGGUACCAGGGCUCGGUCACCAACGUCUCUGUUCUGUCCUCGUCCCAGGCAAGCCCUUCUUCCUCCAGCCUGAGUUCCACUCACUCAGCACCAUCCCAGAUGAUUACCUCUGCCCCUUCCAGUGCCCGAGGCUCUCCCUCUCUGCCAGAUAAGUACCGCCAUGCCCGUGAAAUGAUGUUGUUGCUGCCCACAUACCGGGACCGCCCAAGCAGUGCCAUGUAUCCAGCAGCCAUCCUGGAGAACGGACAGCCGCCAAAUUUCCAGCGAGCCCUGUUCCAGCAAGUGGUCGGAGCCUGCAAACCUUGCAGUGAUCCCAAUCUGUCUGUGGCUGAAAAAGCUGUGCCAGCAGCCCCCAGCAGCUGGAGUCUGGAUAGCGGAGCCCAAGAGGCCCAGCCCUUCCUGUCUGCCCAUAUGGGGUGCAUCCUGGCCCCCCCAGUGCCUCCCCGAAGCCUGCUGCAUGGUCAUUACUCCCUACACUUUGACGCCUUCCACCACCCUCUGGGUGAUACCCCCCCAGCCCUCCCUGCCCGGACCCUGCGCAAGUCUCCUCUCCACCCUAUCCCAGCCUCCCCAACAAGCCCCCAGUCAGGUCUGGACGGCAGCAACUCUACGCUGUCCGGCAGUGCCAGCAGCGGCGUGUCCUCCUUGAGUGAGAGUAACUUUGGGCACUCCUCGGAGGUCCCACCUCGCACUGACACCAUGGACUCCAUGCCAAGCCAAGCAUGGAAUGCUGACGAAGAUCUUGAGCCACCCUACCUCCCUGUCCACUACAGCCUCUCUGAGUCUGCCGUCCUGGACUCCAUCAAGGCCCAGCCAUGCCGAAGCCACUCAGCCCCAGGGUGCGUCAUCCCUCAGGACCCCAUGGACCCGCCUGCGCUGCCGCCCAAGCCCUACCACCCCCGCCUGCCAGCCCUGGAGCACGAUGAGGGGGUGCUGCUGCGUGAAGAGACUGAGAGGCCUCGAGGCCUGCACCGCAAGGCUUCAUUGCCUCCUGGGAGCGCUAAGGAGGAGCAGGCCCGCAUGGCUUGGGAGCACGGCCGAGGGGAGCAGUGAGGGGCAAUGAGGCGGCUGGGAUGCCGCCCUCAGUAAGCAGCUUGCCAACCACUCCAGGUCUGAAAAGCAAGUCCCCCAGCCUGACCCCAGGGAGCCAGAGAGGCUUGGCACUCAGGAGAGAACCACCCCAAGUCUCCAUUCUACUGCCGUGAACUCAUGUGUUGCCAUGUACAGAGGCCACAGCAGCAUGAAGGGUUGUGGCUUCCCUUUUUAUUUUUUUACAUUUCCAUUUCUAUGGGUUUUCCUUUCUUUCCUUUAUGCAGUAGAUGCUUUCUUCCUCCUGCAGUUCUGGACCACGUGGAGCUAUAUGGAGAAAUUGCACAGACAGAAUCACUUUGCCACACUGCAGGGCCCAGGAGCAGGAGCCCAGGUCCUCCCUCCAGGGUAGAGAUGCACAGAAUGGAAAUUGCACUAAGGACCUCUUCCUUUGCUGUAUGGACAGAAGAGUUCAUGGUUGCAUUCAGGGAUUGCAAGGACCAUAUAGACAUGUCACAGGUGGAAAAAGGGCCACAAGCCGUUUUGCACAAAUGCCUGUCCACCUGCCCCUCUUCCAUCCAGGAGUGUGCUACUGAGGGGCUGGCUGGACCAACCUGCUGGCUCAGGCACGUGACUGGCCUAACUGCAUGCCCAGGGAACUGCCAGGGUUCAAUGGGCCAGCCGUCUCCUACUCCAUCUUGGAUUUUUCUCUCCAUCACAUUAUUUCUGACCAUUUGCUCCCUUCCAUUCUUGAAACACCUCAUGCCCCACAGGAGCCCCAGUGGUGACUGGAUCUGCAAGGGUUAUCUCUCACCCUCUGGGGUUUGAGUGGAGGUAUGGAGCCAGAGGGGCUAUCCUAGCCACCUUCCUCCUAGGGGGAGCUGGUCCCCUUCCUAAGUGGUAGAGACUGGUGUUAAGAGUGAGUCUGGGGUGUGGCAGGCGCCAGAAAUCCUCGAAGCUUUCAGAAGCGUUCAGAAUGCCUACCAUCAGCUCCUGAAUCAGGGAUUUUCAGCACUACCUCUGAGCCAUGGGGGUGGCUGCCUAGCCAGGCUUCCAGGCCCUGAGGACAUGUGGUCAGGUUCAGCAGGCUCCUUGGUAAAGAGGGUGGGAGGGGGCUUCCCCUUUUGGAAGCAGAUAGCCAUGCAGGUAGAAUUAUCAUCUCCCAAGUGGCCACAUACAGCAACCCGCUCCAGGCCAUGGGGACCACCACUCAGGGUUUGGGGCUGGCAGGAGGGCAGUUUCUCCAGUCUCCCCAGUCUGUUGGUGUCUUUAUAGGAAACUAUAAAGCAGAGCAGUGGUGUCUUUAGAGGAAACUCAUUCAAGUCAGGGCACUGAUUUUCCUCUCAGUUUAUUAUUUGGGGGGAUCGGGUCAGGUGGGUAUAGUAGUACUUCACCAGGGUGCUUUUAAGUUACUUUAAAAAAAAAAAGCCUACAAAAUAUUUCUUUUCUUUUAUUUGCUCAAGUUCACAUUAAUGAUAGUCACAAGGCUGCCUUGUUCGGCAGGCAUGUUGCCCCCAUUUCCUCUUCUGCUGGCCUGUGUGACCUCCACAGCCAGGCCCUGGGCCCGAGCCCCUCGUCCCUUCUCCACUGCCCCUAUUUCCAGACAGUAAAGGCCAUGGUCAGGGUGUUUUUCACUUGUAAACAAACCCCAGCUUGUUUAACAGAAAUGCUAAUAACCUACUGGGAAAGAUGGAGGUCUAAAUUACCUUCAGGGUUUUUCUGGGGCUUUAUCAUCAGUGUGGGUCCCUUCUGAUACCAUCAGGCUCACUCCAGGCGGAGUGGGGCAGAAGGCUGCUGAGGAUGUGGGUCAGUCACAGCAGCCCUCACCUCAAAGGGCUGGCCUGCUUCUCAGCCUACAUUUAUUUGCAAGCUUCAAUCUCUGGACCAUCUGGUGUUCACAGGUGUUAGAGGGUCGGGGCUAGCUUCAGAUUUGAUUCAUAGGUAGGAGAGCUUAGAUUUUAAGGCACUUCUGAACGUCAAUCCCUGGACAAGGCAGUCAUCCCAUAAGAACAGCUACCUUCUCCACUUCGUGGCACAAGAGGUAAGGAGGGGAGUAUGGGUUCAUUUGGCUUUGCAUUAUGCAAGUUGAAACCGUUUGUUUCCCCUUUCCAUUUUCCCUAACUGAAUGAAAAGGACACAUUCUGAAAUCCCUUUUGUUGGAGAAUUAUUCAGUCUGAGGGGAAAUGGGAGGCCAGAGAUGAGAACCCUUUGAGAAGAUUGUAAAAUAAUGAUUUUCAUUCUUUCAAGCUUAUUUGUAAAUACCUAUUUGAAUGCUGUGUAUUUGUACAGGAAUUUGAGCAAAAAAUGUAUAGAGUGUGAUGUCCAAUUGGUAUUCAGCACUAUAAAUGUGUUUUUAACCUCACGCAUUCUGUGCUUAUUUAAAACAAGAAAACUUCUAACCAUUCUUUUGUGUAUUCAUGUUUAAAGAAAACAAGUGAUUUAAAAAUGAUCUUACCUGUACCAGAAAAGCAAAGUUAAAGGAAACAAAAUUUGUACCAUUGUCCCAAGAGGUAUUUUACUGUAUAUAUUGUGGUAGCAUGUUCAAAAUCCAACAAGUAAUGUGAAUUUUAGAUGUAAAUAUCUGCCACUUGAUUUUUUCCCCCUUUCCCCACUUCCUUGACUGCUGUGAUGUGAAUUAAAGAUGAAUAUCUGAUAAUGA